UUUACAUUCAGAAUUCACCUCCUAUUCAGCACCAAGGAAGUAGUCCAGGCAAGCUUGAAUAGAUAACAAUCGGUGAUGUUACGAAUGAAAUUUAGUCGCAUGGUCUUUUGCACGCUGGUAUUUGCCAUGCUGGCCGCGGUUCAGUGUGCGGGGAUGGAACCCUCUCAAGAACCAUCCCAGAUCAUUAACAUACGACAAAAAGCAGCCGUCGAUGACUUGCAAGGAUGUUUGCCCUCAUUGCCCUCGUUUUCUUCAACCCCUCCGAUUGAAUCUCCAACUUUGUUGGGGUCUUCCGGAGAGGCACAUUCCUCCCAAGCCGCGGACCAGCACUCAAAUCAACAGGACCCACACGAACGCGCGAUUACCAUUGCCGAUCUGAAGCAGAAAUAUUCGUUGAACAGUCCACGGACAAGCAUCUCAGAUGCUCAGACACCGAGCUCGGAUCAUCAAUCGAUUAGCAUCAUCCCUCCUAGAAGCUCCAAUGCGCCACAGGAUCCAGAAUCAGACGCAUGUUCGAUUUGUAAAGACGAAGAAGUCAGAGGUGCAAUGAUCAAAUUGAACUGCCCUCACCAGUUUCAUGAACAAUGUAUUCGAGCUUGGCUGAUCCUUCCAAAGACCACCUGUCCUGAAUGUCGCACUGAAGUUGAGCCUGAAACUGCUUCAACAAUCAUUGGUCACUUAUCGCGUAGUGAAGUAGUUACUUCAGUAGAUGUUGCCCAAUUGCCAGAUAAAUGGGAUGUUUGUAAUUAUGCUACCUCAAGUUUGCUUUUCUUAGUAUUCUUAUUUGUAUCUCUGUAUUUCUUGGGAAAAGCCAUAGGAUGA